AUGGCUUCCGCAUCGGUAAUGCCCGAGCUUUCGCAACCUUCGACGUUGCUUACUCAUCCAACCCUCGCUGCUGCCGACUUGGCUCGCAAUGCCACCUUGCCAGCAACAGGCUUCUCCACCACCAAGACCUCCACCAUCUCGGUCGGCUCAGCCUACAAGCUCUCCCCCGAUGCCAGAUCGCUGCGUCGACUGAAAGGCACGCUGCCUCUCCUCGUCGCCGGCAACGCGCUCAACCUCAUCAACCCACAGUCGCAGACUCCCAUCCAAAGUUUCAGCCUUUCGUCGGCAGAGAUCGCCUCAUGCGCCCCUCUGACGCUUCUGCGCUCGAUCGGCUCCGGACGUUCGAUCCGAACCACCUUCAUCGGCAUCGAGUCGCACACUCGAGCCAAGUCGGGUCGCGCUGCGAUUACCGCGACGCAUCAGCUGUGGGCCUAUGUCGAGCACCUUUCAGCAAAGGGCAAGGAGAGCGCCGAGGUCGAAGUCAAGAAGGAAUCGCUCUCCGUCUCCAAGCCCAUCCGCCUCAUUCAUGCCCUCGGCGACGGCCGUCUGGUUCUCACUCAUUCGGACGACAGCCUCACUCUGGUCUCUAGCUCGCCUCUUACGUUCGACGACGAGGUGUCUAUCCAAGCAGAGGCCACUUCAUUGCAGGUAAUGGACACCGUGGAAGCCUCGCAACAUCAGACCACCGAGCGAUGCCACUUCUUCGUCAACCUGCUCGACCCUGCUUCUGCCAAGGGUCUCAUUGCUGGCAACUCGAGAAUUGAGGAGGCAGCACUAUUAGGGUUGCGCCUUGCCGUCACAUCGGACACCAAAUCAUCGAACACCUCCACCAACAAUGACGAUGACGCCAGCAAGAAGAAGAAGCGUUCCAAGCGUUCCAAGAAGGUCUCCAACGAAGGCGACGACGACGAAUCGCAAGCUGCGGACGCCUCGCUUCCUCAGGCACAAGCGCCGACCGGCUCGCUCACCUUGGAGCUCACUGCCUUUGUGAAGAGUUUCGAUGGGGCUUCCGAGUCGUCCAUCGCAAUCGUCAGGCUCGGCAAUGCUCAGGUACCCGGCAUCUCCACUGCGAGGCACGUCGUCGACGUCCAGAUGCAUCCAGGCGGCCGUCUCGCGAUCUUUGGUUUUGAUGGGCAGCUCACCUCGACCACCUUGACAACGUCGGCGAAUGGCGAGCCGCGUCUCACCCAUGCAAGCGCCAGCUACCUGGAUGCUUUAGCUCAUGCCAGCAGCUCCCGUCCUUCCUCGUCUUCGACCGCCUCCCCGUCAUGCCUGCUGCUCCUCAGCCGUGACCAUGCACUCGUCGUAGGCGUCACUCGCGCUACGCCAGCCACAGCCGACAAGGAGCGCGUUGUGGCGCUCAUUGUCGAUCUCGAGCUCAACGCUGUACUCAAGCAGAUCGACUGGGCAGUUCCUUUCGUUCCAGCUUCAAGCGCUGCUGCCUCCUCUUCUGGCCUGCUCCAACGAAUGACGACCGUCUCGGCGUCACGCAUCGCAGGCUCAACGAGCGUCAUUACCAUGGGACCGCCCACCGUAUCCACGCGCACCUCGAGCUCGUCCGAGAAAGCCGAAGCAUUGGCACAGCUUCACCAGCGCAGGGUUUGCGUCCUCUCUGUACCGUUCGCCGUGCCAGAGAUGAGUGUGCUUCGUGACGCCCUCGGCAAGGGCGAGCUCACGGCUCGAUGGAUCCAGACUGCUGACGACAUGGUCGCAGAAGUCGGAACCGGAAGCGCGGCAUCGGAUGCGGGCCGAGCAGCCCUUUUGGAACAGAUCGGGACCAUCUCACAGAGCAGCGACAAGCCUCUCAGCAAAGACGCCAAGAUCAACACGGCCCUUUCCAGCUGGAUCGACGUCGCUACCGAAGACGGACGCAUGCUCGAAACGCUGACCGCCCACGAUUCCGACAGCUCUUUCUACAGCCAACUGCUCGACCUGCUCCUGCCCGCUCCGUCCUCACGCAGCAGCAAGAGCAAUGGUGCUGCUGCUGCGGCUUCCUUCUUGCCACGAGCUGCUCUGCUCGCUUUGCUCAACCAUCCCCUUGUGCAUCCAUCGAUCUUUGCGACGCUGAAACCUUCCGCCGCGACAGCAGCACCUGCACGCAUCGUCUCGCUGCAGGCCAACGGAUCUGGUCUCACCGAGUUCUGGGCGAGACUGGGAGCCUGGAACGACGCGCAGUUGACGCGAGCAGCUCUCAAGCGCAUGCCCGACGUUGGCGAAGACACGUUUGCGUCUCUGUUGCUCGCGGCGAUGCGUGGGCUGCUUCAGAGUCGAAGAUCGGGCGAAACGGUGAGCGCGAAAGCGACUCGACCCUACAUGGCACUGCUAGCGGAGUUGGUGCAGCUCCGGAUCUCUAGAGCAGCACUGCGAAGCGCUCUCAAGACGCAACUGCGUGACGACGUGGAUCAGGUCAUGGCACUCCUGCAGCUCUGCAACGCGUGGCUGACCUUGACCAUCCAAAAGCCGCUGACGGAAUCCGGUGGCAGCGAAAAGAUGAGCCAGAGCGACUCGGCCCGGUCGGGCAAAGCGCAAGUUCCCGACGCAGAUUCGGUGAUGGCAUUGGCCAACGACGUCCUCGACACGUUCUUCCCGCUCUUGCUCGCGACACCACGCUCUCACGCAACGGUGCAGUCGCUCUCAUCGACGAUCUCGCGCUACCUGCAGCUCAUGUCGACGUUGCGUCUGCUCAACGCGCCUCUCUCGGCGUUCGCCAAGCUGCAGCAGGAGAACAGUCUGCUCGCAUCUUCUGAAGCGGUUGGCAGGACUCCCAAGACCGGCAGUGGCGGCACCACGUUAUCGGCGAGCGGUGCGGUGGCAUCGGCGGGUAACGCCAAGGUGGAGGUGAGCAGCAAGGCGGAUGCUGCAGCGCGCGCCGAGAUGGGAGGAGGAUUGGGGAUCAAGCUGGGCACGCAAGGUGAAGCCAAGACGCGUCGACUGCAGUUGUUCGAGCAGAGCAUGCUGGUGGGAGCGUACAGCUUUGAGCGUCUGGAGAUUUGA